GUCUUUCAGAGUUAUAGUGAAUUUUCUUGGGAUCUCCGGUCUUCGGCGCUUUUGGAGAAUCUUGGUUUCUUCGGUCUUUCAGCGUUUUGGUGAAUUUUCUUGGAGUCUUCGGCGUUUUGGUCUUUGUGAAUUUUCUUGGGAUCUUCGGUCUUCGGCGGUUUUGGGGAAUUUUCUUAGUCUUCGGCGUUUUG